AUUUCUUGUCAUAAUUUAGAUUGGUUGAUAGAUCUAUCUAUGUUAAAAAAUAAUAAUAAGUUGUUUUAGCCCAAACAAAUUGUAGAUCUAGAAUCUAGAUCUUUAUUGUAGGCCUGUAUGCUAAAAUAGUGGAUUAGUGACAGAGGACCAAGACUAUUUAAUUUAAUAUGUUCUGAGUUUGAUACCAAGAGCUAGACUUUUGUUGUGGAAAGCAAUUGAUAAGGAUUUUAAAAAUUCUUUGCAAAACAAAAUACAAGGAUUUUCAAGUUCACAUUAAUUACAUCUAGUUGGUCAGACUGUAGAAACACCUGAACAUGUCUUCCCAUCAUCCACCUGCACACCAAAGACCACUUCAACAAGACUGGGCUAAUAGAGAGUAUGUGGAAGUCAUAACUGGGAGUAUUAAAAAAAUCACAGAUUUUCUAAACUCAUUUGACACAUCUUGCAGAUCAAGACUUGCGGUUCUUAAUCAAAAGCUUACAGAGUUGGAGAGACGAGUAGAAUAUAUUGAAGCUCGUGUAACUAAAGGAGAGACACUUUCCUAGAACCGGAACAAAACAUGAAACCAUAAAGAGUUUCAGAUGAAGAAUUUGUUGAAAUCUUUUUUAAAUUAUUCAGCAAAAUGUAAUUAAUUUGUUUUGUAAAUAAAUUCACAUGUAGACUAUUGUUUCCUUCUCUGCAACUAAAGUAAUGUUUUUUAGCUUAUUGUUUUUUCUUUCUUUCUACUUAGCUACAUAUUUUUGAUGUUGCAAAGUCAGUAAAAUAAUUAUAGUUCAUAUAAUCUUAAUCUUUUAAAAAGUGUCCUAUCUAUAGUUUGAGUGUUGAACUAAAAUGGUUAAAAUAAUUUAGCCUAAAAGAUAAAAAAUAGUUGCUGCGUAUGAAAACAUUUUUAGCAAAUAUGGACUGGAAAAAAAAGUAAUGUUGGAAUGUUAGUAGUAAGAAGAAAAACAAUCAAUAGAAAUAUUUAUCUUCCUCCUCUAUUUCUGUCUUAUAUGAUUAUUUUGUAUUGGCUGUAGGUACAUUGCAUUGCCGUUACUGUUGAAGUGUUUGCCUGUAAUAUGUUUAGAAUUAUCUUGUCUCAUCCCACUUGACAGUUGUGUAUGAGCCAGUUAUUUUGUUAACUUUAAAACUAGUCAGGUAAACUUUCCACCACAACUUGUGUUGAUCCAGGAACAAUAAAACCUGCAUGUAAUUGAUGUGGUCAUUCAAGUUUUGAUCUGGUGUUUACAGAAUGUCUGAUUUCAAAAUAAAUUAAACAAUAGACUUGCUUUAUAAUGUGUUUUUUUAGUUAACUCCAAAGCUUGAAGAGCUCUUGUUAGCUGAGUGAAGCCACACAAAGUUUUCAAAUUGUUUUUGUGUAAAAAUAGUUAAAAGAGUUAACAGAUGAAUUUUGAAAUUCUAUUUAUUUAUCUUAUAUAAAUAAACAUCAAUUUAAAAGAUG